CUUUACCUCCUCGGCUCCGCAUCUCUCCGCCCCCCCCCGCUCCCAUCAAUAAAUCUAGGGUUUUCGUCAGCAGUUUAACCGGACCUUUUCCCUCUCCUCUCCAAACCCUACUUCUACUCCUCCCUUUCGCCGGAUCGAAUCCACCUAGGGUUCGAAAUCGAGUCGGGGGAGGACGAUGCGCCGAUCAAAGUUCGAGCUUGCAGUCUCCAUUGGCCGGCAACGUUCUCUCCAGAUCCUCCUCUUCCUCGCUUUUCUCUACGCCGUGUUCCUCUUCUUCGAGUUCCCCUUUGUAUCUCGCCGUAUCUACCCUCCCGCCGGCGGUGCUUCCACUGCCGCUGCGCUCGCCACGGAGGAAGAAACCGACGCGAACUACGCACCUAUCCGUCCCUUUAAGGAACCUCACCGCCUCUCUGAAUCGGCUGCGCCCCGCAAUCAUCCUGCAGCUUUUCGACUGCGUCGGUUUUAUCCACUAGUCUCUGGUCUUAAAUUCUAUCCGCCACCACAGCUCGCCGAUGGUAACUUCUCCGAGCUGCAUAUGUCGGCGAGGGAUGCGUGGGAGGUGGGCCGGAAGCUGUUUGAGGAGUUGAGGUCUAGGAGGGUUUCGGGUCCGUCGGAGGAGAACAGGACGGAGGAGACGUGCCCUCAUUCGAUUACGAUUAAGGGGGAGGAUUUUGUGAAGGGGAGAGUGAUGAUUCUGCCGUGCGGCCUCACGUUGGGAUCGCAUAUUACUCUGGUAGCGAAGCCGUACCGCGCGCAUGCGGAUUAUGACCCGAAGAUUGCGAUAUUGAGGGACGGCGAUGAAGCUGUGAUGGUGUCGCAGUUCAUGAUGGAGUUGCAGGGGUUGAAGACGGUGGAUGGGGAGGAUCCGCCGAGGAUUCUUCACUUUAAUCCGAGGUUGAAAGGGGAUUGGAGUGGAAGGCCGGUGAUCGAGCAGAACACGUGUUAUCGCAUGCAGUGGGGAACAGCGCAGCGAUGUGAAGGUUGGAAGUCGAGAGCCGAUGAGGAGACCGUUGACGGGCUGGUGAAAUGUGAGAAAUGGAUCCGAGAUGAUCAGAACCAUUCAGAGGAAUCAAAGACGACCUGGUGGUUGAAUCGGUUGAUCGGCAGGAAGAAAGAGGUCUCUAUCGAGUGGCCAUAUCCCUUCGUAGAAGACAAGCUCUUUGUUCUGACUCUUAGUGCUGGUCUCGAAGGUUACCAUGUCAAUGUCGAUGGGAGGCACGUGACCUCUUUCCCUUAUCGCACUAGUUUUGUGCUUGAGGAUGCCACUGGAUUAUCAAUUAAUGGAGAUCUGGAUGUGCAAUCCAUAUUUGCAGCAUCAUUACCCUCAUCACACCCUAGUUUUGCCCCACAGAAGAGCCUGGAAUUGCUGCCCAAGUGGCGGGCUCCCCCGCUGCCCGAAGGACCCGUGGAAUUAUUUAUUGGCAUCCUCUCUGCUGGCAAUCAUUUUGCAGAGCGCAUGGCUGUGAGGAAAUCGUGGAUGGAAUCCGUCCGCAAAUCACCAAAUGUUGUUGCACGAUUUUUCGUUGCAUUGCAUGGAAGGAAAGAUGUUAACUUGGAGCUGAAAAAAGAGUUAGAGUACUUUGGUGACAUUGUUAUUGUGCCUUAUGUUGAUAGUUACGAUCUUGUGGUCUUGAAAACUAUUGCAAUUUGCGAAUAUGGGUUUCGCAUGGUGAAGGCCAAGUACAUAAUGAAAUGUGAUGAUGAUACAUUUGUUCGAAUUAAGUCGGUGAUGCACGAAGUCAAGAAAGUCCCGGUUAAUAAAAGCUUGUAUGUGGGAAAUAUCAACUACUAUCACAAGCCUUUACGGUAUGGAAAAUGGGCUGUUACAUAUGAGGAAUGGCCAGAAGAAGAUUAUCCUCCUUAUGCAAACGGUCCUGGCUAUGUGGUGUCUUCAGAUAUUGCAAGUUUCAUUGUAUCAGAGUUUGAGAAACAUAAAUUAAGGCUGUUCAAGAUGGAGGACGUGAGCAUGGGCAUGUGGGUCGAGCAGUUCAACGGUUCAAGGCCAGUCGAGUACGUCCACAGCGUAAAGUUUUGCCAGUUUGGGUGCAUCGACGACUACCUCACCGCUCACUACCAGUCGCCUCGACAAAUGAUGUGCAUGUGGAACAAGCUCGAAGAAGGAAAGCCUCAGUGCUGCAAUAUGUGAUGAUUUUUUUUUUGUUGUUGUAGAGAAAAAUGAGAUUAAUUUUGCAGGGUUAGAAAUGGCAUUUGGUGUGCUCCUCCAAGAUUCAUUCAUUAUUUCCUUUCUCCUUUCUUAGUAGGUGAUGAAAUGUAGAUGUAGAUACAAAGGGGGCAAAAUGGCAGAAUCAGAACUUUGUAAUGUUUCAGACAUAUUUAUGGUAGCUGGAGGGUUAACUGAGGAUUGUUAGGGAUGAGGAGGAUGAGUAGCUUUUGUAAAUUUUGAGAUGGGGUUGGACUGCCAUUUAUGAUUUUCUUAGGGUUGUAUUUGUUAUUUUUGUUGGGAUUUAGAUGGC